GUGUCCGUCAGAUGAAGGAGGCGCUGCCAACAUGGCGUCUUCACUGGCUGGACCGCUGCUGUUGUGUUUAGCAUCAUUUUCUUUGCAAAGAAGCUCUUCCAGAUUUCUAUCUGAGCCCUGUUACAAACCCAUCAGCGACAACAUAUCAGACUAUGUCAAGACACGGGCGCGCCCACACGAGUAUGUGAAGGUGUCAGACCUUCCUCUGUCCUGGGACUGGAGGAACAUCAAGGGGAAGAAUUAUGUGAGCGUCACACGGAACCAGCACAUCCCCCAGUACUGUGGGUCCUGCUGGGCCAUGGGAUCCACCAGUGCACUAGCUGACCGUAUCAACAUUAAGCGUGGAGGAACGUGGCCGUCGGCCUACCUGUCAGUCCAGAACGUGAUAGACUGUGCGCGGGCAGGCUCUUGUUAUGGAGGAGAUCACCUGAGAGUCUACGCCUACGCACACAUGAAAGGCAUUCCUGAUGAAACCUGCAACAACUACCAGGCCAAAAACCAAAAGUGUGAGCAGUUUAACCAGUGUGGCACGUGCUCCUUCUUUGAAUCGUGUGCUGUUGUCAAGAACUACACUGUGUGGAAAGUGGGAGACUACGGAGAAGUUUCUGGAAGAGAUGAAAUGAAAGCUGAAAUUUAUAUCAACGGGCCCAUCAGUUGUGCCCUGAUGGCCACCGACAGCCUGGAGCAAUACUCUGGAGGGAUCUUCUCAGAGUUUCACAUCCUGUCUAUGCCGAAUCACAUUGUGUCUGUGGCUGGUUGGGGUGUGGCGGAGGACGGGACUGAGUACUGGAUCGUCAGAAACUCCUGGGGAGAGUUUUGGGGAGAACACGGCUGGGCAAAAAUAGUUACCAGUGCCUAUAAAGGACGAAAAGGCAAUUGGUUCAACCUGGGUAUUGAGAAAAACUGUGCAUAUGGAGACCCUAUUGUAACGUAGAUUCCUAAUAAACUGAUAGAAAGACUCAACAA